CCUUGCCGGCCUCUCGGACAGCUCGGGGGCCGCCGCCGCUGGGAGUUGCAGAGCACUGCCCCAGGGGCCCUUCGCGUCGCAGGCGCCGCGGGAGCGCUCGCCAUGAAGACCCUGUGGAUGGCGCUGUGCGCGCUGGCGCGGCUGUGGCCCGGGGCCCUGGCGGGCUGUGCCGAGGCGGGGCGCUGCUGCCCGGGCAGGGACCCGGCCUGCUUCGCCCGCGGCUGGAGGCUGGACAGGGUCUACGGGACGUGCUUCUGCGACCAAGCCUGCAGCCUCACCGGGGACUGCUGCUUCGACUACGCCAGGGCGUGCCCAGCUCGCCCGUGCCUCGUGGGAGAAUGGGGCCCCUGGAGUGGCUGUGCGGACCAGUGCAAGCCCACAGCCCGCAUGCGCAGGCGCUCGGUGCUGCAGGAGCCGCAGAACGGGGGCGCGGCGUGCCCGCCCCUGGAGGAGAGAGCCGGCUGCCUGGACUACGCCACGCCCCGGGGCCAGGACUGCGGCCACUCCUUUGUCCCUGCCUUUAUAACUACCUCUGCAUUCAACAAGGAGAGAACAAGACAAGCCGCAUCUCCACAGUGGUCUACAGACGUAGAGGAUGCUGGAUACUGUAUGGAGUUCAAGACUGAGUCAUUGACUCAUCACUGUUCUUUGGAAAAUCGACCAUUGACUCGAUGGAUGCAGUAUCUCCGAGAGGGAUACACAGUGUGUGUAGAUUGUCAACCUCCAGCUAUGAAUUCUGUGAGCCUUCGUUGUUCUGGAGAUGGCCUGGACUCUGAUGGAAAUCAGACUCUCCAUUGGCAAGCAAUUGGCAAUCCUCGAUGUCAAGGAACUUGGAAAAGAGUUCGACGAGUAGAUCAGUGUUCCUGUCCAGCUGUGCACAGUUUUAUUUUUAUAUAGAUUGUGAAGUAAAUAUUUCAUAAUGUGUUUGUGAACAUGUUAAAUAUUAGCAAGUUGAAUUCAAUGCUUCAUAACCCUUCAAAAACUAUUCAGAGUCUCUGAACACGUGUCACUGCCACACUCCGAAGGAGAGAAAAUUUAGGGGCCAGUACUCAAGAAAUGAUUUUAUGUACUUGACUUUCCAUCUGGAGUCUCUUCAUUCAACAGGUAGCAUGCAAGACACAGAAUUCAUGGCUGUUUGCACUAAAAUUACUACAAUAUGACCCAUUUAUUGGUAAGUUGUCAUUUAAGGGUACCCAGGCUUUGAAUCUUGCAGUCUUUCUUUCUAUUCUGUAAUCUCCUAGAAGUUUCUUGCCUAAAAGUACAUAGAUUUCUGUACACUCUUACACGUAUACUUCCCUUAUAUUUUCCCACAGAUUCUGAGGUAACAAACACAUGGUCACAAAUAAUUUUCCACAGGACAAGUUGUUUAAGAUUUCAGUUAAGCAUUUUGUAAUGAUAAACUAACAGUUGUGCUUAAAAUAUUUUUUUUAUAAAGAAGGUUUUUUUUUUGUUGUUGUUGUUAAUUGAAAAGAUCAAUUAAAUGCUCACUCUUAAGGCCACAGGAGUUCCUUUAAAUGUUAUAAUUUCCCUGAAGAGAAAUUUUGGAGCCAGUAAAUGCAAUGACUGCUUUAAUUAUGAAAAUUCCACCAUCAUUAGCAUCUAAGAUUAUUUAUGAGGCUAUAAAGACUGAAGCUGACUAAACAUCUUUCAGAGUCCAAUUUUAAGUUUAGUUGAAGUAAACUUACAACUUUUGUUCUACAGCAUAGAUUUUCGUGGGUCGGGGGUUGAAGGCAGAGGACAUGGAUUUUAUGACAAAUACUGUGAUCCCACACACAGAGAGAGAAGUAUUGGUCUCCUUAUUUUCUGAUUGGAAAACCAAUGAGCCCGAGGCAAAGUGGCUUGUGUAAAGAUCUAGGAUGACAAGUCAACCUGCAGAGCCAAAUCUUGACUCCUCAUCCAGGACUCAGCCUUGACAAAAAAACAGAUUAUAUCAAAGACUGUGCUAUGAAAGCUAAGGCCUUUUAAUUUUUGAAACAAAUUUUAAAUCCUGAAUAUCUUCUUUGGAAAAUUGAAUCUCAAGAUUUAAACAAUGUGAAAUCUCUUUGGUCUUAAUUGUAUAAAAUAUUAUUCACUAACAAAUAUUUACUACAGUACAUAUUUCUUUUCUUUUUUUUCAGAUUUCUUGUUAUUUAUCAUGUAAAGACAAUGCCAACAGUAAGCUUAAUAGGGAUGGAAAAGCCCCUAGUAUUUAAUGCUAAGAGUAGCAGUAUUUCUGACUGUAUAUCCAUUUAAUUGUCAAAAUUGUUUUUGUGGUAUAUUAAAUUCCUCAGAAAUUAAUGAAUAAUAAUAAACUUCGGUCUCCUCAAGACUAGGAACUUUAAGUUCGGUAUUAACAAUUUAAGGCUAUUUGUAAUAUUUGUAAAGCCAAGAUUUUUGAAGACAUACCUGAGUGAUUUUCAAUGUUACUUAAAAUUUGUAUACCAGUAAGUAAAAUUUUGUUUACAUUUUUAAAAACUGUUUACUCGUUUGGCUAGAAAAUAACCCAGAUAUUCUGGACCUGCCAGAGAAUGUGCAAAAAUCUUACACCAAACAAAACAAAACAAAACAAAAUCCUUCAGAAGUGAAACGAAUAGGUACCGCAACUAAGCUAUGGUGUAUUUAUGGUUCCAAUAUGUGCUAUAACAUUUAACAUAUUUAAGUUGUAUAAAAUCCAUUUUUCACCUUAUGCCUUUAAUUUCUGGUGCAAAGCCACUAAUUACUUUCAUAUUGAAGUUAUAUUUUUGUUAUUUCAAUUCUUGAGAAGAAUUUUGUAGGCUAGAAGACUUGGCUAUUCAAUAAUGUUUCUGUAAUGCUCAUUAUUAAUUCUAGCAAAGUCCAAGGAAACAGUUCAGAACUGAAACAUGUAGUCCUAGGUGAUUAAUGAAGAACCAGAAGUUUUUAUUUUCAAAGUUAAAGAUCAAAGUCUUUAAAACUUCUUCAACAUUCUUUUUUAAUUAGCGCUUUAGAGUCCAGGUCCUUUCCUCAGGCCCUCUAGCGAUGAUUUAUGAACUCUAGAACUACUUAAUAGUCUUAAUAGACUGGUUUUCAAAAGUGCAUGUGGAAAUUAAUUUGAACAAAAAUAAACCUACCCACCCAGGAAAGAAGGGAAAGGUAUUAGGCACAAUGACCACUUAGAAGAGUAAGAAGAAAAAGAAGUUAAGGGGAUGAAAAAAGAGAGAAGGAACAAGGACAACUAUAAUGACAUUACUCUCUUAACAGGGUCUUACUUGGGACGUUUUUAUUUGAGAAUGCUAUAGAUAAGCAUAAACAGCAAUAAUUUAAGUUGUCGAGUACUAUUUUGGCAAAAAAAAAAUUUAAUUAGCCAUCUUUUCUGGGUGCGCACAAAAAUGGUACAAAAUGGGUUUCUGCCCUAUAAAAAUCUCCCAAAGUAGAUUCAUACAAAUAACUCUGCACAUUGAUUUAGAAAACAAAGUCCUGGACAUUAAGAGGUAUAAGCAGUCAGGUGUCCAAGGAAGAAACCACCAGAGUUGCAUUCUUGAGUUACCACCAAUGAUCUCAUCUUGUCUCCUCUAAGAUGAUCAAUGACAGAUAGACAUCUACAGGAUCUGAGUUCGGGAUAUGCUACUAAAAGGGAUGUUUCUUGAUGAGCCAGGCAAGAGGUAAGGCAUUCCAGACAAGGGAAGCAUAGUAAAAGAGAAGUGAAACUUCUAGGUCAAGGUGGUAGAUGGAUACACGUUUACCCUCUAUCCUUCCCAAAAUCCCAUGGAGAUUACAGGAUCCACAAAAGGAAGUAAAUUCACAACAUAGCUGAGAAGGGGGGACAUAAGUCCAGAGAUUUUGAAUAAUUUUUCUAUUGAUGGAUACAUCAGAGUGGAUGAUGUCAUGCCCUUUAAAACAUGCAGAGGAAAAGGUGGAAUCAAGCCAUAAGGACCAAACUCCACUUUGUCUAGUUUAUGGAUGGAUGUGUAGAAAAGUAGGGGAAGCAAACAAACAGACAAAGGUACCCAGUGUUCUUUUUUACUUCAAUUGCUCUUUUUCA